AUGGCUGCUCUGGCCGCCGUUGGCUUCGCUGCCAUCCCCCCUGCUGGUUCUGACACGAAAGUCAGAAACACAUAUGGGGACCCUCCCGACCAGUUGAGUUACUUCGUGUACUGCACCUACAACGUCCAACAAUCAGAGACAUAUGCGCACCUUAUUCCAGACACUGUCCCCGACGAGCCAUUUCUAGAAAGAAGUCCGGCUGCACCAUCUAUAUUUGACAGAUUCGUGGUGAAUCGAUUCCGGAGCUACAUCGAAGCAUAUUUUAAAUUCUACCCCCCAAAACCAGGGAGCGAGAAGUUCCACAAUGGAAUGAAUCUAGAAUACAUCCGCAUGGCGGGCGGCGCGAGUAUUCUCGAGGCGCGAGAGCAUAUCAAGACGCGUCUCAUCCCGAAGGACGACGAAGAAGCACCGUAUAUGAAGCGGUAUCGGAUGUUCAUCGUGAUUGAUUACGAGUCGUUGCAGUCGAUCCUGGAAGGACCGGCGCCACUGACAGAACCGAAGGGACCAGUGGAGCUCUAUUACAAUGGGGCGAUGAAUCUUUAUAAGGAAAAGAUGGACAGGGAGAAAGAGAUGUUUGUGAAAUUGGUCGAUGCUGAAUACGACGAGGCAUGUGGGGGGAUUAUCACUACCAGCAAGGGAAGGGGUCAGCUGCCCAAGGACAGUCCGCAUGUGACUGUUUUUUAUGGCUGGUUUAAAGUCUGUCCACAGUGUUUGUUCAUGAUGAUCGGUAAUUUGGAGAUUUAUGAUGGUAUACGUGGUCUAUUUAAUACGAUUACAGAUAGUGGCUGUCUGUACAAUCAGACAUAA